GGCACUGUUGUUCAUUACUUUAUUCAAGGAGGUUGAAGAGGCAAUGCUUACAUACCCUCAUUUUGAUGAAAAUAGAGGAAUUGGCAAGUUCGGGAACGAGCAAAGGAAUGAUAUCAUUAACUUUUCUCUUACUUCUUGGUUCUUGUUUGCAGAUUGGCUUUUCAGCAUACACCAUAACUCCACCAAAAUCUAUCAAAUAUCCGGAAGCUAUAAUCUCCAAUGGUAGCAAGUUUCAACUGGGAUUCUUCAGCCCUGCUAAUUCUACUGAUCUUUAUGUGGGAAUAUGGUACAACGGUAUUGACCCUGUAAAAGGCAUCAUAUGGGUAGCCAACAGGCAGAAGCCACUGAAGGACUCCUCCGGAAGUCUGAUGAUAUCUGAGGAUGGCAAUCUUGUAGUUGUGAAUGGGCAGAAGGAGGUUCUUUGGACAACCGAGCUUGAAGAGAGAACCAGAAUUCUCGAAAUGGCAAUGGGUAAAAUCCUUGCUUGCCUGAUCCCUGACGACCCCCUGAUUCCUUUAUUGAACAGGGAUGCACAACCAGCUGCGGUUGUUGCAACUCGAAACUCCCCUACCCUAAGCAACAUAAUAGUGCCGACCAGGCCAAGGGGAAGUGGGAAGCUAAAUAUCGAGCCCAGGUCGUCCAAACAUAAUGAAGAACUGAUGAGAAAGAACGCAGACCUUGAAAGACAGCUGCGAGACGUGCAAAAGUCUAUUGACGAGCUGAGAAGUCCCAGGUCGCAUCAACAUACUCUGGAUUUGGAUAGUGCACCACUAAACUUAUCCAUCAUAGCAGAGCCGUAUCAAGAGGGAUUCAAAAUUCCCCACCUGGAGACAUAUGAUGGCUCGGGUGACCCUGAUGAACAUCUGCACACCUAUCAAGCCAUCAUGAGAAUCCAAAUUGCCAAUGAUGCCAUGAUGUGCAAAGUGUUCCCAGCAACACUCAAGUCAACAGCCAGGAGAUUGUAUCACAAACUCCCCAAACAUUCCAUAGACUCAUAUUCCCAGCUCGCCAAGCUAUUCUCCAACAAAUUUGCGAGCCAAAGGGAGAUUAAACGCAUGGCAACCGAGCUGAUGCAAGUUCAUCAGAAAGAAGGGGAAUCUUUGAGGGACUACAUGCAGCGAUUCAACAAGGCCACUUUAGACAUUGACAAUGUCCUAGAUACCAUCUGCUUGUCAGCCUUGUUGCAUGGUUUGAAGCGUGGUCGAUUCCUAGAUGACUUACUAGAAAACCCACCGAAGACGUGGAAUGAAGAACAACCACCAAGAAGAGAGGAAAAGAAAAAGCAGAAGAUCAAUGAGCAAUGGGGGAAGCCAGCGGAAUUCCCGAAAUAUGCCAACUACAUCCCUCUGGCCUUGCCGAGGUCUCAAAUCCUGGCACAAAUCCAGCAUUGGGUUAGGAGACCCCUGCCACCAUUGCAUGAUUCCCUAAGGGCGGACAAGAGCAAACAUUGUGAUUACCAUCAUGUGUACGGUCACAAUACAGAGGAUUGUCAACACUUAAAGGACGAGCUGGAGUUCUUGGCUCGCAAUGGGAAGCUAGAAGGAUAUGUUCAGAAGCCCCACGCCCAGCAACCCACUCAAACUCAUUUUGUACAGGGGGCGUACAGAGGGCGUCCGUUCAACAGCAGGGGACAGGGACAGAGAACUGCCGCCCAGAACCAAAAAGAUAGGAAAGGGCUGAAUCCGAGCUCAUUGCAGAAACACGAAGGGCCUAUAUAUGGGUUUGACAAUCAGCCCGUCCCGGUUGAAGGAGUCAUUACCCUUCCCAUUUAUGUGGGCUCGGAACCACGCUUCAGGAUGGCUUCCGUCACCUUCCUGGUCGUCAAGAUGGAAUCAGCUUUCAAUGCUAUAUUAGGAAGAGCCACCCUGUGCGAGCUGAAGGCUGUUAUCUCUCAACCCCAUCUCUGUAUGAAAUUCCCAACUCCUCAGGGGGUAGAAGUACUUAAAGGAAACCAGAAAAUGGCCAGAGCCUCCUAUCAAGAUACGUUCAAGAAGGUUGAGCUCGCUGCAACACCGGCAUGUUUUGAGAAUCAUAGGCCAACUCAGCUCGAACCAGUGGAGCCGGUAGAAACAGUCCCUCUAAACCCUGAUGUGCGGGAAAGGACGGUUAAGAUCGGCACCAAACUCAUAGAAGAGGAAUGGGCAGAGCUUCUAGAGUUUUUGAGGGUUAAUCAGGAUGUGUUUGCGUGGACUGCGGAUGAAAUGCCUGGCAUCCCAGCGGAGUUGACGGUCUACAAGCUCAGCACAGACCCCACCAGAAAGCCGGUGGUUCAGAAGCGUCGCCUUUUUGGCCCUAAGAAGCAAGCUGCCAUAGACGAAGAAAUACAAAAGUUGCUACAGGCAGGCUUCAUCAGAAGAGUGGAAUACUCUGAGUGGGUGUCUAAUCCUGUGCUAGUUAAAAAACCGAAUGGCAAGUGGAGGAUGUGUAUUGAUUUCACCAAUUUGAAUGAGGCGUGUCCAAAAGACCCUCAUCCCUUGCCAAAUGUCCAGUUGUUGUUAGACAACCAGGAGAAAACAGCUUUUUACGCUGGUGAUGCAAUCUACUGCUAUGUGAUGAUGCCGUUUGGCCUGAAGAAUGCUGGUGCUACAUAUCAGAAACUGGUGCAAAUCAUCUUUAAGCUCCAGAUUGGCAGAAACAUAGAAGUAUAUGUGGAUGACAUGAUAGUCACCAGUACACGAGCUGAAGAUCACAUAGGCGACCUGAGCGAGACUUUUCAAAACCUGCGCCGAGCUCAAAUGAAACUAAAUCCCCUGAAAUGCACAUUUGUUGUAGAGUUAGGAAAAUUCCUAGGGUACGUGGUAUCCAAGAAAGGAAUUGAAGUAAAUCCAGAGAAGGUUCAGGCCGUUCAGCAGAUGGAGCCGCCCAGGAUUGUCAAAGAUGUGCAGUGUUUGACGGGCCGUGUAGCUGCGCUACAUAGGUUCAUAGCUAGGUCGGCAGACAGAUGCCUCCCAUUCUUCAAAGCCCUACGAGAACACAAAAACUUUCAAUGGACCGAUGAGUAUCAGAGGGCGUUUGACAAGCUCAAACAAUAUCUGGCAUCAGCACCUCUGUUAUCCAAGCCUAUGGAAGGGGAGAGUUUAUACAUGUACCUGGGGGUUAUAGAAAAGGCAGUGAGCUCAGUUUUGCUCAGGGAGGAGAAUAAGAAUCAGAAGCCUAUCUGCUAUUUUCAUCAAAUUGUUGUCUAUACUGAUUUCCCGAUGAGGAAGAUAUUGCAGAAGCCAGAACUCUCGGGUUGGCUUAUCGGAUGGAGCGUCGAGCUGAGUAAGUACAACCUCAAAUUUCAGUCGCGUAUGACUAUAAAAGGCCAGGCUGUGGCAAAUUUUUUGGUGGAAUGCGUCUCGAUGACUGUGAAAGAAAAGGCAUCUGAACACCCAGUCUGGGUUUUGUAUGUUGAUGGAGCUGCUAACGUGGAAGGAUCGGGUGUCGGGGCUGUGUUAGUAGGCCCGGAUGGCUUUAAAUUCGAACACGCGCUGAGGUUCAAGUUUCAGACAACCAACAAUGCUGCAGAAUAUGAAGCCCUCAUUUAUGGUCUGAAACUGGCGGCCGAGCUGAAGGAUUUUAACCCUCAGAGGUCAACCCUUGUCGAAGUGCUUGACGCACCGAGCUACAUUGAUUUCACAGUCGAGUGUCAACUGCUAAGCACAGAUCCCUCUUCACCGAGCUGGACCACCCAGCUCAUAAAUUAUCUGCAAAGUGGCAAGCUGCCUGAAGACCCAUCCACUGCAAAGUUGAUUAAACAUAGGGCAACUCAUUUCACUCUGUUAGAAAAUCGGCUCUACAAACGAGCAGCUUCUAUGCCCCUAUUACGCUGCCUUACUCCUUAUGAAGCUGAAUAUGCCUUGAGGGAAGUUCAUGAAGGAGUAUGUGGCACGUACAUCGAUGGCAGGACUUUAGCUCGGAAACUCCUGAGGCACGGAGUCGACCUGCUCGGCCCUUUCGUGAAAGGCAAAGGAGGAUGCAUUUACCUUGUUGUCAUGGUGGAUUAUUUCACCAAGUGGAUAGAAGCUAAACCAUUGUCCACGACAACAGAAAAGAAAAUCGAAGAAUUCUUGUUCAAUUCAAUAUUGUGCAGGUUCGGUAUACCUAAGCGGAUCAUUGCUGACAAUGGGUCGCAGUUCCAAGCAGCAGCACUAAGGUCGUUUUGUAAUGACUACGGCAUUGAGCUCGCCUUGACGUCCGUGUAUACUCCACAGUCAAAUGGGCAAGCCGAGUCCGCCAAUAAAAUCGUCUUGCGAGGCCUCAAGACGCAUGUUUUGGCUGCACAUACUAAUUGGGUUGACGAGCUCAAUAAAGUCCUUUGGUCAUGUCGCACUACACCCAGCUCGGCCACAGGUGAAACCCCGUUUAGCCUGGCGUAUGGAGCUAAGGCCGUCAUCCCUGUUGAGGUCGGAUUACCAUCUGAUAGAUCAGAUCGUCAUAACGAUCAUAAUAAUGAGCAACUCUUAAGAGAGAACUUAGACCUUGUGGAAGAAGUCAGGGAGACAUCUCGAAUAAGAAACAUGGCGCAUCAAAGUCGUGUUGCAAAAUUUUAUAAUAAGCGAGUUCGAGCUCGUCAGUUUCGGGUUGGCGAUCUAGUUCUAUGCAAAGCUGGAUUAACUAAUACUUAUUCACACAUGGGUAAGCUCGCUCCUAAUUGGGAAGGCCCCUAUAUGGUUGUUCGAAUUAAACGACCUGGGUCCUACGUGUUAGUAGAUAUACAAGGACGCCAGUUGCCCUACGUUUGGAAUAUACACAAUUUUAGAAGAUUUUACAAUUAAUGUAUGUGUUAUUAACAAAUUUGUUCGUGAAAA